UUUGUUUUCACCGUCUCCAUUAGCCGGAAUCCGCCUGAGAGUAGUGGAGGGGAAGCGGGCUUGUGGCGUCCCGAAGGAUAGUAAAAAAAAAUUUUUUUUUUUUUUUUUAACAUUUCUUGACGGGGAAGGUCUUGUCCACCUUUUAGUUUUCGACCUGGGCUCGGCUUUCAACGUUUCGUUUCAUAAUGGCUGAACAAAGCAGUAGGUACCAGCAGCUGCCUAACGAGGAGGAGCCAAGGGAGGCUUCCCAGGUGGCUGCUGACGCCCCCCCUCCAUACAGCAGUAUCGCAGCAGACAAUACUGCUUACUUCGAUUACAAAGAAGAGGGCAGUUUCCCCAAGCCGCCCUCAUACAAUGUGGCGACGUCGCUGCCAUCCUACGACGAGGCGGAGAGAGCCAAGGCCGAGGCCACCGUCCCCCUGGUCGCCGGAAGAGAUGAUGACUUUGUGGCCAGGGACGACUUUGAGGAUGCUGACCAGUUGCGGAUAGGCAACGACGGCAUCUUCGUGCUGACUUUCUUCAUGGCGUUUCUGUUCAACUGGAUUGGCUUUUUCCUGUCCUUCUGCCUGACCACCUCUGCAGCCGGCCGCUACGGUGCCAUCUCUGGGUUUGGCCUGUCGCUCAUCAAAUGGAUCCUGAUUGUCCGCUUUUCAACUUAUUUCCCCGGAUACUUUGAUGGGCAGUAUUGGCUGUGGUGGGUUUUUCUGGUAUUGGGAUUCCUGCUCUUCCUCAGGGGCUUCAUCAAUUACGCCAAGGUCCGCAAAAUGGCCGACUCGUUUUCCACACUGCCCCGGACCCGAGUCCUCUUUAUCUACUGAAGCUGUGCUCUUGCAAUGAGAAACAAAUUCACUUCCUGCAGCACGAGUCCUGUAUGCAAAGAGAAGAUUAAGGGGGGUAAAAAACAAAACAAAACCUUUUGGGUCGAAAUCUACUGCACACCUGCGAGGAAGUCGGGGGGGAAAAACAAGCCACAGAAGAAGAGGAAGAAAUACUGAUUCGAUUAACACUCUUCUCUUUGUGAAUGAGACGUUACUUUUUAUGUUUAUAAAUGUACAAUUUUACUAGUGGAUGCUUACUAUUCUGUAACCAUUCGGUCAUUAGUGGCUAAUGUUAAGUGCUAUUUGCAAUCAAGUCUGUGAUGUAUGAAUAAUGCCUUAUACAAUAUAUCAUCUGUUCAUAGUUGAGGAGUAGCAUGCACAUGUCCUUUUUAGCCAGUAGGGGGCAGUGUUGUUUUUCUUCUGUGUUUUGAAAAACCGUAUUUGAUUUUGAAGGGUUCAUGUCAGCUCUAAUUCACAGGAAAGUUGAAAGAGAUCGGAGAAUCUUUAUAAGCUGAGAGGAUGAUAUUUGGCAUUUGUAGAAAAACCAAAACGGCUUUUUUUUUUUUCCGACUAAAUCAUUUCCUUCAAAAAAGUUAAAUUUUUUUUGGCCUACAUUGAAAAAACUGUAUAAUCAGGGUGGGUUUCGGGAGGGUCUCUAUGGUAACAAGUAACCGUCCGCAGUGUCCCUGCAUACUGGACCCUGCAAAGAAAACGAAUCCCUUCCCUGUCUUGGCUGGAAAGCACCGACCCAAGACAGCUCAGAGACGUUCUCUGACGUAGAGCUGUAGUGAUUUCUCUACCCGCUGGACUCUCUUUAUCAGGCUUUACUUCGUAAGUAACUUUAAUACGAGAGGCUGAAGGUAUGCUCUUAGCGUGCCUGCGCGCUCCAACGAUUCCUUAACGAUAACACGCGCCAGGGUGACAGGCUAACGAAAGGCGGCGUUUGACCACAUCUCGUCAACGUUGAUGAAUUGGACCUGUCUCGUGUCUUCGUACAAGUUUCCUUACUCAAUAUCGUAGUACUGAACUUUAAAGGUUUUUAUGCUUUGUGUGUAUGACUGUAAAUAACCCAACAUGGGUAAUAAAUGUCACUUCCAUAGUCA